CUGAGUGUCUUGAAACCCCAAAUUCAAGGAGAAGGACUUAGAAACCUCCGCGGAGACGACGAACUUGAGCUGCCGCCUCCGCUUAACCCGCCGCUUCCUCCGUAUCUCCGACGAGCCAAUACCCGGCAGGUUCCCGCCACCAGCAUCUCCUUUAUGCAGCAGCAUCGCAUUCGAAGUAGCCGUAGGGGGAGGGGAGAGAAAGCAGCCUCCGAUGGCCGGAGGGGAGAAUCGGGUCAUAUCGGCGGUGGACGCGUGGCAAGAGCAGACGAAGAGGCCUGCCAUGAUGCCACCAUGUGGUACCGCGCUGCCAAGUAAGUGAACAAUUGGGUUUUGCUUGGGGAAGAAAAUGGGUGGUUGGGGAUUUUUUUAUAACAAAUUUUGGAUUUU